UCUGUUAUCUCUGCGUGGAGCAAAGAGAAAACAAGAAGCUUUUAAAACCACGGAGGACAUUUCCUGAUUCCAGAGCCUGUGAAACAGAAAUGCAAAUGGAGACAUCAAGCAGAAGCAGUUCAGUAGCAGUAGCAAUUAUAUUGGUGAUAAUAGUGACGUUGGGAUGGAGAGUGCUCAACUGGGUGUGGUUUAGGCCAAAGAAGCUUGACAGAUUUCUGAGAAAACAGGGACUUGCAGGCAAUCCAUACAGGUUUUUUCAUGGAGACUUGAAACAGAGUGUGGAGAUGACAAAACAAGCCAGAUCUCAGCCCUUUGAUUUUUCUCAACCUCUUGCUCUCCGAAUUGCUCCCUUUCUCCUUCAGACCCUCAACGAUUACGGUAAGAAUUCUUUUAUAUGGAUUGGACCAGCACCCAGGGUGAACAUCACCAACCCUGAGCAUAUAAAAGAAGUAUUUGCAAAAAUAAAUGAAUUUCAGAAAGUAAAGAUGAAUCCACAGUUCCAGGUGUUAGCACCAGGACUUGUAAGCCAUGAGGGUGACAAAUGGGCUAAGCAUAGGAAGAUUAUCAACCCAGCAUUCCAUCUAGAGAAGCUAAAGCUUAUGUUACCUUUAUUCCAUGAAUGCUGUAUUGAGAUGAUUGAGAAGUGGGAGAAGUUGAUCUCCUCAAAGGAGUCGUGUGAGUUAGAUGUGUGGCCUUAUCUUCAAGAUCUGUCACGUGAUUGUAUUUCUCGAGCAGCAUUUGGAAGCAAUCAUGAACAAGGACAUAGAAUUUUCCAACUCCUCGAUGAGCUCACCAUUCUCGUAAUCCAAGUUGCACAAUCAGUUUAUAUACCUGGUUGGUGGUUUGUGCCAACAAAAGCCAAUAGAAAGACAAAAGAAAUUGAUAGAGAAAUACAUACCUCACUUAAGAGAAUGAUCAAUAAGCGUGAAGAUGCAAUGAAAGCAGGUGAAGCCCCCAAUGAUGAUUUAUUAGGAUUACUCAUUGAGUCUAAUUUACAACAAGCAAAAGAACGUCUAAGUAUUCAAGAUGUGAUCGAUGAGUGUAAACUAUUUUACUUUGCUGGCCAAGAGACAACCUCAGUAUUGCUUGUUUGGACUAUGAUCUUACUCAGCAAGUAUCCCCAUUGGCAAGCACAAGCUAGAGAAGAGGUUUUGCAGGUUUUUGGUGGCAAAAGGCCAGAAUUUGAUGGUCUAAACCGCCUUAAAGUUGUAACUAUGAUUUUAUAUGAGGUUCUCAGACUCUACCCACCUGCCAGUACACUUACUCGAGCAAUUUAUGAAGAAACAAGGCUUGGAGAUUUGAUAUUACCUGCAGGAGUGCAAAUUACCUUGCCAGUUUUCAUUUUACAUCAAGAUCCUGAACUGUGGGGGAAAGAUGCAUCAGAAUUCAAACCAGAGAGAUUUUCUGAAGGAGUUUCAAAAGCAACAAAAAAUCAAGUUUCAUUCUUCCCAUUUGGAUGGGGUCCUAGGAUUUGCAUUGGACAGAACUUUUCUCUGCUGGAAGCAAAAAUGGCUUUGGCUAUAAUAUUACAGCACUUCUCUUUUCAACUUUCUUCGUCCUACUCUCAUGCCCCUCGCGCAUUUGCAACCCUUCGACCUGAAUAUGGUGCUCCGUUGAUUUUGCGAAAAAUCUAGUUCAUGUUAUUGUCCUUAUAUGCAUGUUUAGUAAUUACAGGUGAUGAGCAAAUCUUAGGAGCUUGUUUGUCUUAACUCAUAAAUUAAACUAGAUUAUAAACUCUAAAUAUAAGUUGAAUUGUAUGUUUAUAACAUUUUUUUUCUUAUAUGUUCCGCUUGUAAGCUAAAAAAUAAAAUUAGAGAUAUUAAUUUUUU